GAUCUGAUUUAUGUUGAGUCAUUAUGAGCUCGACAAUACACUGUGUUAAACAAAAGACGUUUACAAUCGUUUCUGACCUACACUUUGAAAGUUACACUUUAUCAGAUCACAUGACGUCCUCGGCUGAACUCUGGACCGCAGAUAAAAGCCUGCAGGAGUCCUGCGAGCGCAUACGAUCUGAAGGUCAGAGCAAACAUGGCGACCCGCUGGGGAAUCUGUGGAGCUGGAAAGAUCUGCCACGACUUCUGUGUGGCUCUCAAGACACUUCCUCAGCAGGAUCACCAGAUAGUCGCAGUUGCAGCAAGAAGCCUAGAGAGCGCAGAGAAGUUCGCCAAAACUCACGGCAUCCCGAAAGCCCACGGCAGCUACCAGGAGCUGGUGAAGAACCCAGAUAUCGAUGUGGUCUACAUCGGCAUCAUUCAAACACAUCACCUGCAGGUGGGUCUGAUGUUCCUCAACGCCGGGAAGAACGUGCUGUGUGAGAAACCCUUCGCCAUGAACCUCCGAGAGGUCAGACGCUUCAUCUCAGCCGCCCGCGAGAACAACGUCUUCCUGAUGGAGGCGGUCUGGACCCGGUGUUUCCCCGUGUACGCUGAGCUCGGCAGGCUGCUCUCGGAGGACGCCGUGGGGUCGGUGAAGAUGGUGAAGGCGUAUUUCGGUCUUCCUCUGCUGGACCGUGCGCUCACCACAGAGAAGGAGCAGGGCGGAGGAGCGCUGAUGAACAUCGGCAUCUACUGCCUGCAGUUCGCUCUGAUGGUGUUCAGAGGAGAAAGACCGGAGUCCAUCCACGCCACCGGAGUCCUGCUGCCCUCAGGAGUGGACGAGUCCAUGGUGGUGGUCCUGAAGUUCUCGGGGAACCGGAUGGCCGUGUGCGUCUGCAGCAUCGCCUGCGAUCUUCCCAACGACGCCACCAUCUGCGGAGACGGAGGAAUGAUCCGAAUGGCUCGUCCCAUGCACUGCCCGACCGUUCUGGAGGUGAACGGGAGACGGACGGAGUUUCCUCUUCCCGAACCCGGCCUGCCCCUGAACUACGAGAACAGCGCCGGCCUGAGAUACGAGGCGGAGGAAGUGAGGCGCUGUCUGCUGAAAGGACUCAAGGAGAGCAUCAAGAUGAGCCUCGCCGACUCAGAGCUGCUCGUCGAGGUCAUGGACGAGGCCCGGAGGCAGGUGGGCGUGGCUUACGAGCAGGACAGCCAAUGAGCGGCCUCCAUUCCUCCGCUGACCGGACCGGACGGUGCUACUCAGGGAAAAGAAACAUGAACAUUUGUUUGAUAAAAAGUCAUUUGUGUGGAGAAUAAAAGUGAGGUUUAUUCACGGUGUAUUGUUGUUCAGCACACUUGAAUUGAAUUAAAGAAUUAAAUGAAUUAAACGUGCAAAUGACCUUCUA